CCCCCCCUCCCGCCGCCUCCCGGGAACAGAUAAAGCCGGCAAGGAGCGACGGGGCACGAAGACGAAGGCGGAGCCACGAGGAGGCCCCAGCACCGGAGGGACAUGGCGGGACCUGGAGGCGGAGGGCUGCGGCCGCUGCGGCGCCUCGUCUCGCAGCUCUCCCAGUCCGCGCCGUGGGUCGCGCCCCACAGACCGGCUGCUUUCUACAGCACUGCAAUAACCUCAGCUAAAGUUGAAGUGAAUGGCGUCCAUCUACACUAUCAGCAAACAGGAGAAGGAAACCAUGUCAUCCUGCUGCUUCCUGGCAUGUUAGGAAGUGGUGAGACUGAUUUUGGACCACAGUUGAAAUCUCUGAACAAGCAGCUCUUCACACUUGUUGCCUGGGAUCCCCGGGGAUAUGGAAAGUCUAUUCCUCCUGCUCGAGAUUUCCCUCUAGAUUUUUUUGAAAGAGAUGCCAAAGAUGCCAUUGACUUGAUGCAGACACUGAAAUUUAAGAAGUUCUCUUUGCUGGGUUGGAGUGAUGGUGGAAUAACAGCACUCAUUGCUGCUGCAAAAUACCCAGAUCUUAUUCAUAAAAUGGUCGUUUGGGGAGCCAAUGCUAAUGUUACAGAGGAGGAUGUGAAACUUUACAAUGGUAUCCGUGAUAUUUCAAAGUGGAGUGAAAAGACCAGAAAGCCAAUGGAAGCGAUGUAUGGACUUGAAUAUUUGAGCAAAACCUGUUCAGCCUGGGUGGAUGGAAUCUCCCAGUUUAUACACAGGCCAGAUGGUAGUAUCUGCCAGUCUUCAUUACCACACAUUAAGUGCCCUACAUUAAUAAUACAUGGUGCGAAAGAUCCACUGGUGCCACGCUUUCACCCAGAAUAUAUUCACAAGCAUAUUGCAAAUUCACGGCUGCUUUUUUUUCCUGAAGGAAAGCAUAAUCUACAUCUACGCUUUGCUGAAGAGUUUAAUGAACUGGUGGAAAAUUUCCUUUCUUAAAAUUGUGUUACUUAAUUGAUACUCCCCUAUUUCUUCACCGUUCCUGUUAUGGCAGACCUUGUGAAAAGGGAAUCAAAAGUUUUCACAUCUUCCAUUUAUCGCUGCCAAAGUUGUAACACCAACAUGUUUGCUAUGUGAAAUUGUCCUCAUAGGGUUUUUUAAAAUUUUUACUAAACAAGGUUUAACAUCUGCCACUGCCUAAUUGUAACUCCUGACAACUUCAAGAAAAUUGUUAAGACAGUAACACUAGUUUUAAUAAAUACUUUAUUGCCAAGA